GAUCAGGGAGGUGAGGCUGACCCGUGGGCGGCCACAGCUCUGACCGGUGGCGGCCGGUGGCCGGUUGCCUCACGAGGCGGUCCGUUGGUUGAGUAGGCCCAGCCAUGGCCGUGGACUUUGGGGACCACGCCAGUGGGUUCCGCCACAUUGAGGUGAUCAGGUUCAUUAACAACGAAGUCCUCAUGAACGGAGGCGGCCCGGAUUUCUACCAGGAUUUCCGUUCACGGCCCUGGACUGAAAUAGAGGAUAGGCUUCGGGCGGUAGUGGUCAACCCGGAGGUGCCGCGCACCCUCAAGAGGGCCUGCGCCUGGAGCGCGCUGGCCUUGAGCGUGCGCGUGGGCGCCAGGCAGCGCGAGCAGCAGGCGUGCAGGAUCCGGCAGCUGCAGCAACAGGUAGACGAGUGUAAGGAGACUUCCUGGGCCCUGGCCACGGAGCUGCAGUGGCUGCGAGACGAGCGUCAGGCGAUGGCCGCUCAACUGCACUUCAUGUCGGCCACCCUGCAGCGGGUCCUGAAUGAGCGUGAUAUUUUAUACGGGCAACUGCUCCAGGCCCAGAGUUCGGCCCAGGUCACCACGCUGGCUGGUGAUACGGAGCCUGGACCUUCAGCCGAGCAGCUUGAGGCUUCAGCAUGGCCCCAGAAUGAAGAGCAGCAACAUGAUAGGUUGCCCAUGGGGAUUCAUUUGCAGGCACCUGCCCCUACUGUGGCUCCUCCAGCUAUGUUUUACAUGCCAGGACCCCCGGUUCCCUGGGCCCAAGCCAUGCCACCCCUUCUGCCAGUGCCGGUGCCUUAUUUGUUUCGCCCACGAUUCCCUAUGGAAUCCCCAUCCUUGCAACCUGUACCACCACCACUACCACCACCACUGCCACCGCCUCCAAUAUCCACGGACACAGAAGCUCCAGUGGCCCCAUUUCUGAUACCCCCUCCAGGGAUCUAUCCCCCUGUCCCGUGGGGUGCAGCGGGUUUCCAGAAUGAUAUGGCCCCACUGGGGGGCCAGAGUAGCUACCACCAGGAGGGAGGUCCUAAUAUUCUCCAGGAUACAGCCCCCCUGAGGGACAUCAGCAGCAAUAGCCAAGAAAAUCUAGAGGGACCCCAGGGGAUGGUCAUCCCAGGCAACACCAUUUGCCAUAGCCAGGCAGAAAGUUCAGAUAGUUCCUGGAGGCCAGCUCUCAUGUGGGUUAGCAAGAGCCAUAAUCAGGCAGAAGGUCCAGAGAAGGCCCAAGGAGGGGACCCCCUGGGGGACAGUGGGAGAUAUAACCAAGAAGAAGAUCCAGAAAGACCCCAGGGCUUGUUCCUCCUGGGAGGGAGCAAGAGCCAAAGACAGGAGGAAGAUCUGGUGAGGCCACAAGAGACUGUCCCCCUGGGAGGUAGCAGAAGCCAAAAUCUAAAAGAAGGUUCACAGAGGCCCCCGCAGGUGGCUUCCCUAGGGCAUGGUGAAAGCUAUGCUGGGGAAAAAGCCCCACAGAAGUUCCAGGCAACCCUCCAGGGUGUAAGAGAAAAUACAAAGGAACAGCAGGCUCAGGGAGAGAAGGCUAAGCAACCAGAAGGGGAAAAAUCCUCCGAUUCCCAGCCUGAUGAGCGGUCUGCCUCAGGCUGCAAUCCAGUGGAUUGGAGCUGCCCCUGGUGUAAGGUGCUGAAUUUUCCAUGGCGCAAAACCUGCUAUAGAUGCAAGAAAGUCUACACGGCGGCAGCUGAGAGUGGAGACCCGGAGUCAGGGCAAGCUCUGGGGUUGGACGAAGGUGGUGAAUCCUGGAUGGCUGGUGCUGAUUGGUUGACACCCUGGAGAAGCCAAAGUCACAAAGAAUUUUUUUGAAAAGUUGUUUUCUGCUUUCUUAUUAACCACCUUUCCCUGAACAUGCCAUGUGUUUGGCUGGGAACAGCCACAUAUUAUUAGAGUUACAAGUAGUAGUGAAUUUUAGGAACAUCCUAUUUCUUGAAAAUUCUAUAUUCCUUUUGUAAGCUACUGCAUUAUUUAUAUUUGCUCCUUGUGUUUGUUUUUUUAAAUUUUACGGGUAAGGGCUUGUUUUUAUGUCUCUGAGCCCCACACGACUUGUUUGUUGCUGAAAAAAGCUGAACCUGUUUCGUUAGAAGAUCUCAAGACCCUAAAGAAAUCACAGCUCAAUUCUGACUGAGUCACACCUCAGUGAGAGCCCCUCUCCCCCCAACCUCACUCCCCCAAGUCCUGAGCUGAGAAAAGUGAGAGGACGUGAGGGAAGAAGAGAGAUUUGGCAUGCAUUAGGGAGGAAAGAGAGGGCAAAGUAAUUUUGGUAGAGUUUCACUGUUGGUCCAAGGAAUCUGUACGAGUUGGAGACUGCAGUGUUAAAUUCUGUAGAUAAUAACAAAUUGGAUGAAUUUCAUUUAAUUCAUUAAAUAGCUAUAGUGUAGUAUGUGUUAGGAACUAGACCUUUAUUAUCUGGGGUGCACAUUAUAACCUGACUUGGUGAGUCUGGUCAGAUACUGGGGGAGAGCCUUAUUUGGAAUAUCAAUUCUCGCAAGAAUGACCUUGUCUUGUGCGUGGUAUGGCUUUUGGGUAAACUCAAUUGAAAUAACAUCCAAUUAUUUUUGCAGUUUUGGGGGCAACAUCAAAGAGACUGCUUGUCUCAUAGGGCCCCGGUGAGAUAAGUGGGCAGUGGCAAAGAUCAGGAAAGUGGCCUCACAAGAGAGCAGGGACGACUUUUCUGUCACUCUGCUGAUUUCCUCCCUCGAGUAGAACAGCUGACAUCGGAAUGCCUGCAAGACCACUUGGGUGUUUGCAAGGACUGUGCUUGUGGGAGUGAUGGCUGCGCACUCAAGCCUCAGCUUCCAGCCAGCACCUUCUCAAGUCCCUUUCCAGUCAAGAGUGGACAAAGAGCAAAAUGGACUCCAUUGUGCAGUGCACAGGGCUCCUCUUGGGAGCACUAAUGGGUUAAAAAUGGAACUGGACUGGGACAUGCGCUCUAGAGACUGCUCCGGCUGUCUCUUCCACUUGGUGUGUUCUCUGCAGACUCACCUUUCCGAGGGGCUGGGAAGUUAGACCUGCCUCCUGUCUGAACAAAAGAUGUCCUCAAGUUCCCCUCAUGAGAUCCCAGCUCACCAGGCUCACCCUUUGUCGGGGGGUUUCUGAUCCUAAGUAGUAAUAAAGAGCGU